CAGUUCCAAGGUGGGCAAAGGCUUCUGGUUUGCAUGCAAAGGAUUCAUAAACUCAAUUCGUCGCACACGGCGACAACAGUAAAUCUAACAUGAAACAGUGCGAGGCUUUGAUCCCAACAUACCUCGUCCAAGGCUUCUGAGUGCUUGGAUCCAUGGCAGGUGCAGAUGCAAUUGUUCAGAAGAUCAUGGCCUUACCCUUUCAGAAGGUGCAGCAUCAGAUCGUUAAAUGCGACUGCCAGCCGUCAGUGAACGAUGGCAUAGUUAUUUUCAUCACUGGAAACUUAUUGGUAGAUGACAAUGCGAAUCCGCUCAAGUUUGCUCAAGUAUUUCAGCUUGUCAAAGGUCCAACAGGGAAUUACUACUGUCACAAUGAUAUGUUUCGGCUGAACAUUGGCUGA